AUGUCCAAGUCAAAGGAGUCCUCCAUCAUCCACACCCAGCAGCUGCACGCUGCCAUGGCUGACACCUUCAUCGAGCACAUGUGCCUGCUGGACAUCGACUCAGAGCCUGCCGUGUCCCGCAACACUGGCAUCAUCUGCACAAUUGGACCGGCCUCUCGGUCCGUCGCCAUGGCCAAGGAGAUGAUCAUGGCCGGGAUGAACAUUGCAAGAAUGAACUUCUCACAUGGCACGCACGAAUACCAUGCUGAGACCAUCAAGAACGUCCGUGAAGCAACCGAGAGCUUUGUAGCUGGCUCUCACAACUACAGGCCUGUGGCCAUUGCUUUGGACACCAAGGGACCAGAAAUCCGAACAGGGCUCAUCAGGGGGAGUGGCACUGCUGAGGUGGAGCUGAAGAAAGGUAACAACAUCAAGCUGACGCUCGAUGACCGUUACAAGGACAACUGUGAUGAGAAGACACUGUGGCUGGACUACAAAAACAUCACUAAGGUCGUUGAGAGCGGAAGCCACAUUUACGUUGAUGACGGUCUGAUUUCCCUCAAGGUCAAAGAUAUCGGUCACGACUACCUAAUGUGCGAGAUUGAAAACGGCGGCAUGUUGGGCAGCAAGAAAGGCGUUAAUCUGCCCGGUGCAGCCGUCGACCUGCCCGCCCUGUCCGAGAAGGACCUCCUUGACCUGAAGUUCGGCGUGGAGCAAGGCGUCGACAUGGUGUUUGCCUCUUUCAUCCGUAAGGCUGCUGACGUUCACGCUGUCAGGAAAGCUCUGGGGGAGAAGGGAAAGGACAUUAAGAUCAUCAGCAAAUUGGAGAACCACGAGGGAGUACGCAGAUUCGAUGAAAUCCUUGAGGCUAGCGACGGCAUCAUGGUGGCCCGCGGAGAUCUUGGAAUUGAAAUCCCAACGGAGAAGGUGUUCAUCGCUCAGAAGAUGAUGACUGGCAGGUGCAACAGGCUGGGCAAGCCCAUCGUCUGCGCCACGCAGAUGCUGGAGAGCAUGACCAAGAAGCCUCGUCCCACCCGCGCCGAGGCCAGCGACGUUGCCAACGCCGUGCUGGACGGCAAUGACUGCAUAAUGCUGAGCGGGGAGACAGCCAAGGGCGACUACCCGCUGGAGGCCGUGCGCACGCAGCACCAGAUCGCCCGUGAAGCCGAGGCGGCAAUGUUCCACAGGCAGAUGUUCGAAGAGCUCCGUCGCACCUCCCACUUGACCCGGGACCCCACGGAAACCGUCGCCAUCGGAACGGUGGAGGCGUCCUUCAAGUGUUGCGCCAGCGCUAUCAUCGUGCUCACCAAAACUGGCAGGUCUGCUCACAUGCUGUCCAGGUACAGGCCCCGCGCACCCAUCAUCGCCGUAACCCGGUGCGGACAGGCCGCCCGCCAGGCUCACCUGUACCGUGGUAUCUACCCUGUGCUCUACACCAAACCCGCCAACGACGUCUGGGCAGAGGACGUUGACCAACGUGUCAACUUUGCCCUGGAAGUCGGCAAACACAAGAAUUUCUUCAAGAGCGGUGACGUCGCCCUCGUCGUGACCGGCUGGCGUCCCGGUUCUGGUUACACCAACACCAUGAGGGUGGUCUUGGUGCCUUGA